AUGCUGCCCAACCUCGUUCUCUGCGUGCUCGCUGUUGCCGGCUCGGCCCUCGCCGCUCCAGGCAAGGGCAGCACCAAGGUCGACCUUAAGAACGACAACCUGUUCGCGCUGCCACUCACGGCGCUCCACACGCGUGGCUACGUCCCCGAGACGGAGGCCCAGCUCAAGGCGCGCACCGUGGCCGACAGCAUCACCGUCAGCUGCUUCCCCGGCCCCAACUGCUAUGGCACCCCCUCCGCGUCCCACACGUACACCAACACGCGCAAGUACAACACCCAGGCCGUGCUCGCCAACGGCCCGACACAGAGCUUUGGCAGCUGCCGCUUCGACACGACGGGCAACUACCGCGCCUACGUCCAGCUCCAGGGCGCCAGCCCCAAGCCAGGCCCAAACGGCAUCAAGGUCGCCCCCGUGUCCAACAUCGGCACGACGCCACCCUCCGGCUCGUACUGCCUCACCCAGAACUCGCUGAGCCAGGACCCCGCCCGCCGAGGUGCCAGGGUUGUGGUCAUCGGCCGUCUUGGCCCUUAG